AAUGCCCAGCUCUGCCCCUAACUCGGACAGAGUUACUGAGACCGCAUUUAGACCGUGGCUCUAACGAAGCUGACGUGUGGUGACUCUGAAUCCGCGAAUCGAAUGACAUCUAGCGGCGUAUUGUAGGAAAUGACCUGUAGGGUCCAGCCUGUAAAUGAGUCGGAACCAGAAGAGGAGAGUGAUUCAUUUGUUGCCUUCAGGUGACAGCUGGUGAUCAGCUGCUGGACCUUGAGUCCGUCUGCAGACCGAGGCUGAAUUCACCAAUCAGAUUGUAGAAACCAAUUAUUUAUAUUUCAACUCUUGUUUUUAUCACAUUUGUCCUUUUCUUUCUAGUCCGGUCUUAACCUUAACAGAUACGGGGGCUUGGGUUUAUUUAUUUAUUUAUUUAUUUUUUGGGGGGGGGGGCUUAAGAAGAACUCUCUCCUUUAUUAUUUUUAUUUUUUUAAUUUUUUUUAAAACUAUAAGACACAUCUGUCGCGCACACGGACGAGGACAGCGGCCAGUGCGGAGUGAGCGCAGCUCGGAUGCCAGUGAAGAUGCUCCUGACUGGGAGAGGCUUGUUUAUGGCUGCAGGAGCAGAGCCGCUCUCUCACACACGGACUCAGGCACAAUGCAAAAGGACUGGAAUCACUCCUGAAGAGUAGCAGGGAACUCCAGGCGCUCACACCUUGCCCUUCAAGGACAGACAGCUGUAUUAUUAACACUUGGAACUUGGAUUUUUUUCCUGUUUCCUCCAUGGAUUUGUACAACGACUCCAAUUCUUCCCUCGCAGACAGUAAUUUAACUACAGCGGUUGUCAACGGAGCUCUUUACUCCAGCGCCAUCCUCCCUGUCAUUUAUGGCAUCAUAUGUUUCCUGGGGAUCAUCGGGAACUGCAUCGUCCUCUACACCAUCAUGAAGAAGAACAAGUGCCACGCUAAACAAACCGUGCCGGACAUCUUCAUCUUAAACCUGUCCAUCGUCGACCUCCUGUUCCUCCUCGGGAUGCCAUUUCUCAUCCACCAGUUGCUGGGCAAUGGCAGCUGGCACUUCGGCGGUCCGAUGUGUACAGUCAUCACCGCACUCGACUCCAACAGCCAGAUUGUCAGCACCUACAUCCUCACCGCCAUGGCCCUCGAUCGCUACCUGGCUACGGUGCAUCCAAUCCGCUUCGACUACAUCCGCACCCCCUGCGUGGCCGCGCUGGUCAUCGUGAUGGUGUGGUGUCUGUCCUUCUUCACCAUCAUCCCCGUGUUGAUGUACGCCGGUCUGAUGCCGCUGCCGGACGGCCUGGUGGCCUGCGCUCUGCUCCUGCCCGACCCGGUCACCAGCACAUACUGGUUCACACUUUAUCAGUUCCUUUUGGCCUUUGCCAUGCCGCUGGCCAUAAUCUGCCUGGUGUACUUUAAAAUCCUCCAGAACAUGUCCACCAGCGUGGCACCACUGCCUCCACGGAGUUUGAGGGUGCGCACGAGGAAGGUGACCCGCAUGGCGGUGGCGAUAUGCCUGGCCUUCUUCGUCUGCUGGGCUCCGUACUACACCCUCCAGUUGGUGCACCUGGGCGUGCAGAAGCCGUCCAUCGCCUUCAACUACGCCUACAACGUUGCCAUCAGCAUGGGCUACGCCAACAGCUGCAUCAACCCCUUCAUCUACAUCACACUCAGUGACACCUUCAAAAGGCAGUUUCUGAGAGCCGUGCAUCCGAUUAACAGGAAGUUCCGAGUGAACCCCAGUAAGACCGACGCAGGCAGCGUCAGCAUGCAAAUGGUCCCCGAGGGCGUCCGGCCCGAGCCGGCCCCGCGGGACAUGAUACCAUCCAAUCUGGUUUCUCAGUGAAUGUCAAUCUCUGUUUUUACAAUCAGACAAUCAUUCUGCAGUUUCUCCACCCAAAACAAAACAGAAUUGUCUUUUUUUUUU